UCCUCUCCACUCUCCCUAUAAAUAACGACCCAAGCCUUUCAUUCACUCGCAUUUUGAAAUUUCAAACUCUAUCGUUCUCUCUGUUGUUUCAAAUAUGAAGGGAUUGAACACUGCUAACAUUGCUCACAAAAAGCUCGACACUGAAACAACGAAGAAACGCAAGGCUGAAGCGGCAUUGACAAAGAAGGAAAAAGCUAGUAAGAAUUCUGGAGCUCCAAAGCGUCCUCCUACUGCAUUCUUCAUUUUCAUGGCUGACUUUAGGAAGAGCUACAAGGAGAAUUUUCCUGAUAAUAAAUCUGUUGCUGUGGUCGGGAAAGCUGGUGGUGAGAAAUGGAAGGCGAUGUGUGAAUCUGAGAAAGCUUUCUAUGUUGAAAAAGCUGCUAAGCUGAAGGAGGAGUAUGAGAAGAUUAACAAUAAGACUGCUAAUAGAGGAGCAACAAAAUCUGAGGAUUCUGAGAGGUCCUCUGAGGUGAAUGAUGAUGCUGAGCAGCAAGCUAGCUCUUAGGGUGCUACAUAGUUGUUCUUUUGCUUCAAUGCUGAUAUGACAAGUGAAAGCUGCUGGGAAAGUCAUACUAUAUAAAUCAUCAAGUGUUCAUACCUAGCUAUAGUUAGUUCUAAUCCCUAGUACUAGUAUGGUUCUUCUGUUAAAAAUUUCUAUUAUCAGCUUAUGAUAGUGUUUACUGUUUUGUAUGUGCAAUGCAAUGGAUUAUGGAUUGAGUA